AACAAAAACAAGAAAGGAAGCGAUGCUGCAGUUUCCCAGCAUUCAGUGGGGUAUCAUGGCGGACUCUAGGGAGAAAGCGCUGCAGGACUACAGGAAAAAAUUACUCGAACACAAAGAAAUUGACGGGCGGUUAAAAGAACUGAGAGAACAGCUGAGAGAACAAACCAAACAGUACGAAAAAUCAGAAAAUGACCUAAAGGCUCUGCAAAGUGUUGGUCAGAUUGUUGGAGAAGUGCUCAAACAGCUGACUGAGGAGAAAUUCAUUGUCAAGGCCACCAAUGGUCCCAGAUAUGUGGUAGGAUGCCGCAGACAGCUGGACAAGUCCCAGCUGAAGCCAGGCACAAGAGUGGCUUUGGACAUGACCACACUCACUAUAAUGAGGUACCUGCCCAGAGAGGUGGACCCUCUGGUGUACAACAUGUCCCAUGAGGACCCUGGUAGUGUAUCCUACUCUGAGAUUGGGGGCUUAUCUGAACAGAUCCGUGAGCUGAGAGAGGUGAUUGAGCUGCCUCUGACCAACCCUGAGCUCUUUCAGAGAGUGGGGAUCAUCCCCCCUAAAGGCUGCCUGCUCUAUGGGCCUCCAGGUACUGGGAAGACUCUUCUUGCCAGAGCAGUAGCCAGUCAGCUAGACUGUAACUUCCUGAAGGUGGUGUCCAGCUCCAUUGUGGACAAAUACAUCGGUGAGAGUGCCAGGCUCAUCAGAGAGAUGUUCAACUAUGCCAGGGACCACCAGCCUUGCAUCAUCUUUAUGGAUGAGAUUGAUGCCAUUGGCGGCCGUCGUUUCUCUGAGGGAACAUCUGCUGAUAGAGAGAUCCAGAGGACUUUGAUGGAGCUGCUGAACCAGAUGGACGGCUUUGACACUCUGCACAGAGUCAAGAUGAUCAUGGCCACCAACAGACCAGACACACUGGACCCUGCCCUCCUGCGGCCCGGCAGACUGGACCGUAAAAUCCACAUCGAACUGCCCAAUGAACAGGCUCGUCUGGACAUCCUCAAGAUCCACUCCAGUCCCAUCACCAAGCACGGAGAAAUAGAUUUUGAAGCCAUUGUGAAGCUGUCAGACGGUUUCAACGGAGCUGAUCUGAGAAACGUGUGCACAGAAGCAGGUCUGUUUGCCAUCCGCUCUGACCGUGAGUAUGUCACUCAGGAAGACUUCAUGAAAGCAGUGCGGAAGGUGGCAGAUUCAAAGAAGCUGGAGUCCAAGCUGGACUACAAGCCUGUAUAAACCCCUCUGUGUCUAUCUUGUCAUUGUAUUGUCAGGAAUUGACUGUGUUCAUGCUUCAUGGCCAGGAAAAAAACAGUUUGUUGGCAACUUUAUUGACCGUGUUCUCUUUCUAAUGUUGCUUCCCACAAACAUCAAGUGACAUUCACUCAGUAAGCUCUGUUUCCACUUGUAAGUCUGACCUGCCUUUUUUUUUACACUGGAUAAAAAAAAGCUGAUCAUUCUGUUACCCACAAAACACUUUUAAAACAUGCCAAUAAAAUCAGAUGUACUGAAAAUACGCCAUUAUAACCAAA